AUGUUGUUCUCUCAAGAUCUCUUCGAUGCCCUUUCUCUUUGCGCCCAGCUAUUGCUGUUCCUGCUCCUGAUCAUCAUGAUCCAUAUUGGCGAUGAAGGCCGUGUUGUCGUGUGGCGCGCACUUUGGUGUUGCUUCUGGUGCUCCUGUGUCAUCCUUGUUCUUGGCACAAUUGGUUUCGUUUGGUGGUGUGGUGACCGUGCCGGUGCCCGAAGUGGUGUCUCCUUCGUGGCCUGGAUGCAACAGGGUCCUCGUCAACGUCGUGGUCUUCGUUCGGUGUCCUCUUCUGUGGCCUUAGUGCCUUCAUCUUCGUUGCCUUCUGUGCCUCAAGAGCCAGUCGUGCCUUCCUCUGCUGCCAAUGUGCCUUGUGCCAUUGUGCCUGUCGUCUGUGCCCAUGUGCCAGCUCCUGCCAUUGUGCCUUGUGCCAAUGUGCCUUCAAUGCCUUCUGUGCCACAAGAGCCAGUUGUGCCCGCUUCCGCCAAUGUGCCUCGUGCCAUUGUGCCUUCUUCUCUUGCCAAUGUGCCAUGUGCCAUUGUGCCUCAUUCUGCCAAUGUGCCUCAUGCCAUUGUGCCUGCUUUUGCCAAUGUGCCUCGCGCCAUUGUGCCUGCUCCUCUUCCUGUUUUUGGUGUGCCUGUUCCCGUUGCCACCAUCACUGAUGCCGAUGUUGCUCACCUUUGUGAUGCAUUCAGGGCCCUAUCCUUGGUGGAUAUCGGUGAGCUUGUGCCAGUGUUCGAGACGUUGACAGUUGCUGAUGCCUAUGACGAGGACGUGUACAUGCGUCCUCCUGUCGAUGUCCAUUACCAGGAGCCAUUGUGGCUUGCUGGUAUCGUCUUGAGUGAUUUUAUGGACGACACUGAUGACAUGGAUGCUUCCUUGUCUCCUCUUCCUUCGCCUCUUCCUGUUCCUCUUUCUUCCGCUUUUGGUGCCCCUGCUGAUGUUGACCCCAUGGAUGUCAUUGACGACAUGGAUCUUACCUUCACUCCUCUUCCUUCGCCGUUACUUUCUCCUCUUCUUUUCGCCCCUGGUGCCCCUCUGGAUGAAUUUUAUGACCCAAUUCCCAUGUAUCUUGAUCCCGCUUCUCCUGUUCCUCCUCUUUUGCCCGAACCUAUGCUUGCCACUCCUUUUGUUCUUCCUCUUCCUGCUACUGUUACGCCACCUAUGCCAUCACCUGAAGCUCUCCUUAUGCCACCACCAUCACCCCCGCGUCCUCAAGCUUCUCCAAUCACCUCCGCUUCCUCAUCGCCAUCAUCAUCAUCCUCAUCAUCGUCAUCCUCAUCAUCAUCCUCAUCCGCGUCAUCAUCACCAUCACCUUCUCGUCCACCUUCACCACCGCCACCUUCACGUUCAUUAGCACCAUCACCACCAUCACGACAACGAUCACCACCACCCUCGCCAUCAUUAUCGUUGUCAUCAGGGGUGUCCUCGUUGGCACCAUCAGUAUCAUCAUCAGCGUCCACUGUUCUUUACAACGUGGAUGAUGAUGAUGAUGAUGACUGA